CCCCAUAUCCGCAAGGCACCAAGGCCAUAACCCUAAUUUUUCGUAUUUUCUCCAACUCGUCUCCAGACCCAGUGGCUCCGUUAAUUGCGUCCAACUCGUCUCCAUCGUCGCCGUUCAACUCCAACGCCGCCAAGCCCGUCUCAGUGAAUCCGUUCAAUUACAACAUCUCUGUGUUUUUGGAUCAGUUUGAUCUCGGUUUGGUGCUAGGGUUGAGAGUCGCCACUGCUUUUUUCUUAUUCUCCAUCGGAUUAAUCAUACGCUGGCUCACUGAGUCGACUCUCCAGCUCGACUAUGAACUAGGACUUACGUGGGAUACCUUGACUGGACUAUUGCACCAAAGAGACGCUUCUCUCCUCCAGCUCUCAACGUAACAUUGCCAAAUUUCUUCAUUUCCCUUUUCUGUCAUUGACUAUUACAACUUGAUGGAUCCCCAACCUGAACCAGUCACCUAUGUCUGCGGAGACUGUGGGAUGGAGAACACUCUGAAGUCAGGUGAUGUGAUACAAUGCCGAGAGUGUGGUUACCGCAUCUUGUACAAGAAGCGCACCCGCCGUAUUGUUCAGUAUGAGGCACGCUGAAGAAGAGAAUUGGGAAGGCGUGUGUAGACAAAUUGCAUAUGAUCUGUCAUUGUCUUCCGGCUGCGCAUCUAGCUAAUUUGGUGUUAGGUUUAAUUUAUUGUUAAACAAACAAUACUGUACUUUUCCAUGCUACAUAAAAAUACUAUUAGUACGUAAUUUUUUGUUCUUAAAGACAUUUUCCUUCUCUGGACUUCUGCUUAA